AUGGGAUCCCUUGGAGUUGAACAAGCAAUCAAUGCUUCUUUGCCUGGUGGAAUUGCUGAAAAGUUGACUUCUCCGGCAUCUGUCAAUGGAGAUUGCGAAGAUGGCCCACUCGGAUAUGGCUUUGAGGACCAACAGACCAUAGCUCAAUUGGAGUUGAUUGAUGACCUUCAGAAGCUCGGAGUCUCUCAAUACCUCAAUCUCCCUCAGUUAGUGGUCGUAGGCGAUCAAAGGAAAAGCUCUGUCCUCCAGGCAGUUACUGAUAUUCCGUUCUCAAUCGACGACAAAAUGUGCACUCGUUUUGCGACGGAGAUUGUACUCCAAAGAACGGCGCCAGAUCACCCAACGGAGAUUGACGUGUGCAUUCAGCCUGACCCAGAUAUCAGCCCAGAGCGAAGACAGGAACUUUUAUCUUGGCGGCCUAUACCUUUUGAUCGGACUGCAACUCUUGACAAGACGAUGAUGCAGAACAUCUUUCAGCAAGCCGAUGACAUGAUUUUUGGGAGUACAGUCAGAAGAAACUCUCCUAAACAUGGUCGAGUGAAUCGUUUGAGUAGCUCAAUUUUGAAAAUUACUAGGCGGGGCCCUAAAGAAAGAAACUUUGCCAUUGCCGAUAUCCCUGGGCUGGUCCGAGGAAACGAGUCGAAUUCGGAACAUCGAACAGCAAAGAACCUGGUCCAAAACUACUUGAACAAUCCACGGAGUAUUGUCAUGGCUGUGAUUGACGUCGUGGAUUUAGAGAGGCAGGAGAUCAUGCAAAUGAUACAACAAUUGCCAGACGAAGAAACAAGGGUUAUUGGUGUCAUCAACAAAUGUGACACCAAGCAAUUGAAAUCUCACGACUGGGUGUUUGAUCUUCUCCGAAACGACCCUGCUAGAUCCCCACACUGGUUGAAAGAAGGUUGGUUUGGCUUGCGUAACAGAUCGCCCUCGGAGCUUAGUAUCAGUGACCGCGAGCGAGACAAGAAAGAAGACGAGUUUUUCGCUGGCCCGGAAUGGAGUUCGCUGCAGAAGGACGCGCUUGGCAGACAUGCACUGAAAACGGCACUCAUCAAGAUGCGCAAUCGACAUGUGAAGCGCAGUAUUCCAGAUUUAAUUUUCGAGAUCCAGAGCAAGCUUGAUGAAUGUCUGCUUCAGAUUCAGCAACUUGGGGAACCUCGAGCGACCAACCAGGCUCAGUUUACAAUCGUCAACAAAAUCGCCACAGAAUACUCGAAAGGGGCAGCUGGGGCCGUGAAUGGGCAUUAUGAGGAGCUGACCCUCGACAAGCAAUUCGCCCGGAAACUCAUCAGAGACAAUCUGGAUUCCUUCAAGGCCGACAUGGUAGCUCGUGGCCUUAAGAUCCCUUUUAUCACAAGUAAACAAGAUGCUGUCGCCGUGUCCAAAUGCACUCACGAGAGCGAGUGGGGCCCCAAACUAUUGGAAAACUAUUCGUGGGUUCAAGCUUGUAUCAACAAUUAUCGAGGCAAAGAGGACAUCGGAGAAGUGAAUUCAAUCGUGAAGAGCCAAUUAUGGAAACAACAAGUCGCUAGCUGGGAAGAAAUCGCCUCGAAUGCUCUCAAUUUGGUGGAGCGAACAGUCGAGAACGUUACUUCUUCCCUGUUCGAAAAAGUGUGUUCAGAUGAGUCUCUUCGGCUGAAAUUACGAGUGUGGCUUCAAGACGACGUUCAGAAAGCGGCAGAAAAUGCAAGAAUCGAGCUCCAAAGGCUCAUUGCUAGCGAAAGAGAUGGGCAACUGUUUACCCUUCAUCCAAUGAUGGUUUUCAGAACGCAACAGCUUCACCAAGAGCGGAUCCAAGCAGUUUUGACCGAGUGCACACUCAAAGAACCGAAGAUGAGCCUUCAGCAAGCCGGCUCGACGCCCCUCAAGCUCGGUAGCAUCCCAUCAGAUCUCAUCAUCCAGUCCUUGUUGAUCGGCAACGCAGAGCUGGCCGGAGUUCUCAAGACCCACGAUAGUCUCGCAGCAUACCACGAGGUCGCCUUGUACCGAUUCAUCGACAACUUCGCGCUUCAGGUCGUCGAGAGGCACUUGCUUGGGCCGGAUGGUCCGUUGCUGCUUUUCACGUCCGAUUAUGUGACGCAGCGACUUUAUGGUAAGGAGAACGAAGCGGCGCUGGCUACCCUUGCAGGAGAGGAUCCGACGAUCUCCCAGAAAAGGCAGGACUUGAAUGCGAAACGAGAAAGUCUUGAAGAAAGCAAGAAGCGUGUCCAAAGUUUCAAGAUCCUGUGA